UCCUAAGCUCGCCAUUGUGGAACUUGGGAACUCCUCCCUUCUGUUUCCAUUUGGUUGUCUUCGGCCAACCAACUUUCCCGGCAAAAGGAAGGGCGCGUAGCCGCUGCCGGCGGGACCGACCGGACCCGCUCGAAUGUCGAAAAUGCCCCUCUGUUCCCGAGAGCUCGGCCUCCUCCUCCUCCUCCUCCUUCUCUCUCUUCUCUCCAUACCCUUUUGCGUAAUUUCACAAAGCCAGGCCACAAGUGAGCUCACGGUCCUGCUGAACCUGAAGCAGCAAUGGAGCAAUCCACCUGCUCUCCAGUCAUGGAACUCAUCGUCGCUGACGCCGUGCGGAUGGCCGGCGGUCAACUGCACCGGCAGCACAGUUACGGGACUCCUCCUCAGUGAUAAGAACAUCACUGAGCCAAUCCCGCCUUCGAUUUGCGACCUCAAGAACCUCACUCAACUUGACCUUUCAUUGAAUUACAUUCCUGGCGGAUUCCCAAAGGCGCUGUAUAACUGUUCCAAGCUCCAAUUCUUGGACCUUUCUCAGAACUACUUCGUGGGUCCGAUUCCUAGUGACGUUGACCAGCUGUCGGGCCUCACCUACUUGGAUGUUGGCGGGAACAAUUUCUCCGGCGACAUUCCAGUGGAGAUCGGGCGCUUGUCGGGAUUGCAGACUCUGUCCUUGCACCAGAAUGAGUUCAACGGCACGUUUCCUAAGGAAAUUGCGGACUUGGCCAAUCUUGAAGUUCUGACAAUGGCCUAUAAUCAUAAGUUUGUGCCUGCAAUGAUACCACAGGAAUUCGGGCAGCUUAAGAAGCUGAGGUUCCUGUGGAUGACUCAGUGCAAUCUGAUCGAUGGAAUUCCCGAGAGCUUCUCGAACUUGUCCAGUCUCCAGCAACUGGAUCUGUCGAGGAACGCUCUGACAGGCAGAAUCCCUGGUGGGUUGUUUUCUUUACAGAACCUGAGGUAUGUGUAUUUGUACCGGAACAAAUUGUCUGGUGAAUUAUCCACCUCUAUUGCAUCGAUGAACUUGAUCGAGAUUGAUCUAGCAAUGAACAACCUGACCGGCUCGAUCCCUGAAGAUUUCGGGAAGUUGCAAAGUCUGCGCCUCUUGAAUCUUUACUGGAAUCAAUUAUCAGGUCACAUACCGGUGAGUAUAGCCCGACUUCCUUUGUUGAGAGUUUUCAAAGUUUUUGGCAACAAGCUGAGCGGUGAAUUGCCGCCCGAGUUCGGCCUAUAUUCGCCGCUGGAAGCCUUUGAGAUCUCGAAUAAUGAGCUCAGUGGCGAGUUGCCAAAAACUCUCUGCACUAAUGGUGUCUUGGUAGGCGUUGUUGCUUACUCUAAUAAUCUGAGUGGACAAGUUCCGGAAUCGCUCGGGAACUGCAAUAGUUUGCGGACAAUUCAGCUUUACAACAACAACUUCUCCGGCGAACUUCCUUCGGGCAUUUGGACGCUGUUCAAUUUAUCAAGCUUGACGGUAAGUCAAAACUCCUUUUCAGGUGGUCUUCCGAGCAAACUUGCACGGAAUUUGUCUAGAGUGGAGAUCAGCAACAACAAAUUUUCCGGCCCAAUUCCGACCGAAGUCUCUUCAUGGUCAAGUCUAGCGGUCUUGAAUGCGAGCAACAAUCUGUUCUCUGGCAAUGUCCCUGAAGAAUUGACCAGUCUUUCUCGGCUUAUCGUUCUAGCGAUGGAUGGCAAUCAACUUUCUGGUGAACUCCCUUCAAAGAUCAUCUCCUGGAAGUCACUAACGACCUUGAAUUUGUCAAAGAAUAAGCUCUCUGGCCAAAUUCCUGCAGCAGUAGGUUCGUUGCCCGACCUGCUUGAUCUCGACUUAUCAGACAACCAAUUCUCGGGCGUGAUACCCCCAGUUGGGCAAGUUGAGCUCACUACACUUAAUUUGUCCUCCAAUCAACUCGUCGGUAGAAUCCCAGACGGUUUCAGUAAUCUAGUGUAUGAAAAUAGCUUCUUGAGCAAUCCUGAGCUAUGCGCUGACAAUCCCAUGCCGAACAUCAGAAGCUGCUAUGCCAGAAGCAGUAAAUCCAACAAGGUCCCUUCAAAGUAUCUCGCCCUAAUUCUAGUUCUUGUGAUUGCCGUGUUCAUAGCUGCUGUUCUGUUCGCCUUGUUCGUGAUCAGAGAGUACCGGCGGAAGAAGCUGAGGCAGGACCUAGCAACUUGGAAGUUAACUUCGUUUCAGAGGCUUGGUUUCACCGAAGCGAGCAUCUUGUCCAAUCUAACGGACAACACCCUCAUAGGAAGUGGCGGCUCGGGCAAGGUGUAUCGUGUAGCGGUUAAUGAUUUGGGCGACUAUGUUGCUGUCAAAAGGAUUUGGAACAACCGAAGGUUGGACUGGAGACAGGAGAAAGAGUUUGCAGCGGAAGUCGAAAUACUCAGCUCGAUCCGCCAUUCCAACAUAGUGAAGUUGCUGUGCUGCAUUUCGAGCGAUAACUCGAAGCUGCUCGUGUAUGAGUACAUGGAGAAUCAGAGUCUGGACAAGUGGCUUCACAGGAACAAGAGAGCGUUGCCGUUGAGAGGGAACUCACCGUGCCGUGCCAUGUUGGAUUGGCCUGUGAGGCUGCAGAUCGCUGUAGGAGCCGCGGAAGGCCUGGGCUAUAUGCAUCAUGACUGCUCUCCCCCGAUCAUACACCGCGAUGUGAAGUCAAGCAACAUUUUGUUGGAUUUCCAGUUCAAGGCCAAGGUGGCAGACUUUGGACUGGCCAAGACAGUAGCCAAGCACGGCGAGUCUCACACCAUGUCGGCCGUGGCAGGCUCGUUCGGUUACUUCGCCCCCGAAUAUGCAUAUAGCACGAAAGUGAACGAGAAGAUUGACGUGUACAGCUUCGGAGUCGUGCUCCUAGAACUGGUCACCGGGAGGGGGCCUAAUAGCGGAGAUGAGAACAUGAGCCUCACAGAAUGGGCGUGGAGGCACUAUGGGGAAGGAAAGCCGAUCGCCGAUGCCCUCGACGAGGAGAUCAAGGAACCAUGUAACAUGGACGAGAUGACAACCGUUUUCAAGCUCGCGCUUGUCUGUACCAGCAGAUCGCCGUCCACGAGGCCUUCCAUGAAGGAGGUCCUGCACAUCCUCCAGAGUUGCGGCCCCUCGGAAAGGUCUGGACGGAAAAGGGUCGGUCCCGAGUUCGACUUCACGCCGCUCCUUGGAAACCCAACGUAUCUUUCUAGUUACAGGCGUAGUAGGAAAGCCGACGAUAACUUAGUCUACAGCGUGUAAUCAGAGUAGUCGGCACGACGCAGAACUAUGGUAUUGACAUAGUGUGACAAGUUUAGGACUUUCAAAGUGCCUCGAUGCAACGCAUUCGCGCAGUCGGGGUACAAGAAUCCGGUGAGUGAAGAAAACCUGGAACUCCCUAUAGAUGGAGCAGCUACAGCCUUCGAUGUUUAGCGACGCCGCUAUGCAGAUUUCUCGAGAAACAGGCUGAUCUAUGUACAUAAUAGCGACGGUCUUUUUGUUAAUCAACUCGUGCUAGUAUCAUCUCUAGCUAUGGCUGUCUCGCAACAGAUUUCUUCACAUGAAAUUCUGGAGAUGACACUCGAGUUCGAUCUCUUGCGUGGCCUCUUGUUCUUGCUUUGAAGCUAGGUAAUGCCUCACUCAAGAUCAAUCAUCA